AUGGGUCUGGUAGAUUACUCGGAAUCAUCAGGGUCGGAGGACGAAGCGCCUCCCCAGCCCACCGUCGCGAAGCCCGCCGCCGCCGGCACCACAGCGAAGAAGCCAUUCCAGAAAGUCGUCGACCGAUCGAACCCAGGCAAGAUCGUCGUUAACCUGCCAUCCGCAAAACCCGACGAACCCACAGCCUCGAACGACGAGCCCCCGGCGAAGAGAGCGCGUACCGCAGGAGGCGGCCGUUUCAGCGGCUUCAACUCGUUCUUGCCCCCACCCAAGAACGCCGCCAAGGCAGCACCGGCGCAGAGCAGCAGCAGCAGCAGCUCAUCACGCCCUGUGUUCCAGCUCAAGACCGGGGCCGAACCCGGGUUCAGUCGCGAUCGAGGGGAUGGCGCAGGAUCUCCAGACGGUGGGGGCCUCAACCUACCGGCCCCCAAGGCUGCCGCGCAGCCGUCGAUACCGCAGGGCAUGAAGCCGGAGGAGGAAGUGAAGCUGGUUGGCAAGCCCAUGAUGUUCCGACCCCUCUCCGUCGCCCGCAAACCCAAGAAGAAGACACCAUCCUCCGUCACUCCAACCGCUUCCAAGACCGAGCCCGCAAAGGCCCCAGAACAGGCGUCAAAAGAGGUUUCCGCACCUGCGCCGGCGCCAGCACCAAAGAAAGUGUCCCUCUUCUCGAUAGAACCAGAAGAGACACCAACGGACCCCACACCAGCAUUCAGCGGCGGCGGCGCCUACGAGCCCCUUUUCGAAACCCAACAAGACGAGUCAAACGGCUACGCAGACUACGCUUCGCAAAUGAACUACCCGCUCCCCUCAACGGCCCCCACAAACUCAAACUCGCUCGACAACAUUGCCGACGACCUGAACCUCUCCGCCGCUGCACGUCGCGAGCUCUUCGGCCGGCAAAAGGGGGGCGCAAACCAGCAGACGGCGUCCAGGGUCAUCAACUUUAACACGGACGAGGAGUACAAGCACAACGAGGAGCUCCGCGCCGCCGGCCAGCAGCAGAUCCACAACCCCGUGCGCUCCAUCGCGCCGGGCAAGCACAGCCUGCGCCAGCUCGUCAACCAGGUGCAGACCCAGCGCGAGGCCCUCGAGGAGAGCUUCGCCAAGGGGAAGAGCAACAGGAAGGAGGCGUCGAGCCGCUACGGUUGGUAG